GCAGGCUCCAGACUCUCUCAUCCACAGUGGCAGCAGGGUCACACUAGAAACUUCUGUGGCUAGCUAGGACUUCUCAGGUGAAAUCCAUUUCCCCUUCCCCCUGCCUUUUCAAGAAAUAUUCUCGUAGACAUUGUGCUGGGAAGGCUCUGUUGCUGAGAAGGCUAGCUCCUGGCUGUGAUAUUAUAUUGCAGUCAUGGCGCCCAAGAAGAAGAACGUCAAAAAGAGCAAGGUGGAUAUCAAUGAGCUGACCAUCAUCGUGGAAGAUGGUCCUCUCAGCAAGCUGAACGGCUUGAACGGCCUUUUGGAAGGGGGGAAUGGCUUCAGCUGUGUCUCGACUGAGGUUUCCGAUGCCCUCUACAGUCCCAACCUUUUGGAAGGGCUGUGCAGGAUGAGGCUGGAGAACUUUCUCUGUGAUUUAGUCAUCGGUACCAAAACAAAGUCUUUUGAUGUCCACAAGGUGGUGAUGGCUUCCUGCAGUGACUACUUCCACAACAUCUUGAAGAAAGAUCCAUCAACUCAGAGAGUGGACCUCAACGAUAUAUCUCCCCUGGGCCUAGCUACUGUCAUUGCAUAUGCCUACACAGGAAAGCUCACUCUCUCGCUGUAUACUAUAGGUAGCAUCAUCUCCACAGCCAUCUACCUUCAGAUUCAUACCCUUGUGAAGAUGUGCAGUGAUUUUUUGAUGCAAGAAAUCAACGUGGAGAAUUGCAUGUAUGUUGCCAACAUCGCAGAGACAUAUGGACUCAAAACCACCAAGGAAGCAGCUCAGAAAUUCAUCAGAGACAACUUCAUUGAGUUUUCCGAAUCGGAUCAGUUCUUAAAGCUCACUUUUGACCGGAUCAAUGAACUUCUUGCAGACGAUGACUUGCAGUUGCCUUCUGAACUCGUUGCAUUCCAAAUUGCAACGAGAUGGCUGGAAUUUGACCAAAAAAGAGCAAAAUAUGCUGCGGAUCUGUUGAGCAACAUUCGCUUUGGUACCAUCUCUGCCCAAGACCUGGUGAAUUAUGUUCAGACUGUACCAAGAAUGAUGCAAGAUGCAGAUUGCCAUAGACUUCUAGUAGAUGCCAUGAAUUACCAUUUGCUUCCCUACCACCAGAAUACAUUGCAGUCUAGGAGAACAAGGAUUCGUGGAGGAUUACGGGUCCUGGUUACUGUUGGGGGACGCCCAGCUUUAACAGAGAAAUCCCUUAGCAGAGACAUUUUAUACAGAGACCCUGACAACGGAUGGAAGAGGCUUACUGAGAUGCCAGCUAAAAGCUUCAACCAGUGUGUCACCGUGAUGGAUGGAUUCCUCUACGUGGCAGGUGGAGAAGACCAGAAUGAUGCCAGGAAUCAGGCUAAGCAUGCGGUCAGCAAUUUCUGCAGGUACGACCCUCGUUUCAACACAUGGAUUCACCUGGCCAACAUGAAUCAAAAGCGCACCCAUUUCAGCCUGAACGUGUUCAACGGUCUCCUUUUCGCAGUGGGCGGCCGCAACUCGGAAGGGUGUCUCUCUUCGGUCGAAUGUUAUGUCCCAGCAAUUAAUCAAUGGCAAAUGAAGGCCCCUCUGGAGGUGGCUAGGUGCUGCCAUGCUAGCGCGGUCAUAGAUGGUAGGAUCCUGGUCACCGGAGGCUACAUCAAUAACGCUUAUUCCCGCUCGGUUUGCAUGUAUGACCCGGCUAGCGACAGCUGGCAAGACAAGCCCAGCCUGAGUACCCCGAGAGGGUGGCACUGCGCCACUUCCCUUGGGGAAAAGGUCUAUGUCAUGGGAGGGUCCCAACUGGGAGGCCGAGGGGAAAGGGUAGACGUGCUUCCUGUGGAGUGUUACAGUUCUUACCCCGGCCAGUGGAAUUACGCCGCUCCUCUCCCAACUGGUGUGAGCACCGCCGGCGCUUCCAUCCUCAAUGGGAAAAUUUACUUGGUGGGAGGCUGGAACGAAAUAGAAAAGAAAUACAAGAAAUGCAUUCAGUGCUACAACCCUGGUCUUAAUGAAUGGACCGAGGAGGAUGAGUUGCCGGAGGCCACUGUCGGAGUGUCGUGCUGUACCAUUGCCAUGCCGAAUACCAAAACCCGGGAAUCCAGGGCUAGCUCAGUAUCUUCCGUGCCAGUCAGUAUUUAAAAACGUAGCUUUAGAAAGACUAGGUUAAACCCUUUUUUACGUGCCUAUAGGAAGGGGCGGGGGCGGGGUGGGGGAGGUGACCUUUGCUUGCCAGUGAAUUUCGGUUCUGCAAAACCAGCCCGUUUUCAUGUCAUUGGAAAUGCAUGGUAUGACCUGAGAAAUUUUAAAAAAUGUAAGGCAUUUGCCACGUCAGGACAAAGCCACAGGCCUCUGACUUUAAACAUUAAAAGCACCUCGCUUCUUUCGAGAGCUGUUUCCCAGGUUGCACAGCUUAUUUCGAUAAAGUUCUCAAGAGUUGGAGCUUCGGCCUAAAAGAGGGUAGGCAAAGACAUCCAACAUAUAUUUGAAAACAUAGUACUCACCUGCUAUGUAAAACUAAUAUACCGUUAUCCCAGGACUAUUCUUUUCUUUAAUCGAUUUGUAUUCCACUUAAUAUUUUAAAGUCUCUUUGGGCUGCAAUGCAUAGGGCUAUGUCAACCAUCCCAGAGUGCCCAAAAUGUUACCUGCAUAUGCAUUAGAUUUCCUUCCUUCAAUAAUUUCCAUGCAGGGGCGAGACAGCAGACCUACAGAAGUUCAACUCUGGCAUUUCUAGACUUUGGCCAGCUUUCUCCAGUUUAAUAACAUCAUUUUCACUUAAAAGUUCUGCUCUAGGUUAAUUAACAUAGAUCAGGCACGUCCAACUUCCAAGAGACUGUGAUCUACUCCCACUAUAAAUAAACUGGCAGUGAUAUACUCAUUGGAUUGACCAGAGUUGUUGAGCUAUUUUGGGGGGGAGGAAAUAGGCUUAAGCUCAUGUGCCUUUAUGCUCAAAUUUGGGCCACUUUUGGAAGAACUUCCCUGGUUGACAUUGGGGCAGGAGGAGCAUAGGUCAUAGAAUCAUAGAAUCAUAGAGUUGGAAGAGACCACAAGGGCCAUCGAGUCCAACCCCCUGCCAAGCAGGAAACACCAUCAGAGC